GUUGAAGGACGAAGAGUGCAUUGGGAGCAUCGGCACCACAGACUUGCUGGAAAUAUUGAGCGAAUUAGGCUUACGCGAUUCACGCAGCUUGUCUCUACUGAAGAAGGCGGUCGCCACCGAGCGCGACGGCCGUGUGCCAUACACAGAAUGGCUCCGCGAAACAACACGUAAGCCAAAAGCGACAACGGACGCAAAGAAAAGACAGGAGUUGGCAGCUGCUGCGGCCGCUUCUAGUAAGGACGACGCACCAGAAGAACGAGAGGCCGGAAAGGAGGUGGAUAAGAACGAAGAUGAAAGAGAGAAGGUAGCCGAUGAUGACGCGCCACGACCACAAGCAGCAGAGAACAAAGAAAUUCCAAGUCCCGCAAAGGCGGCCGCUGCGCAAGAGCCGCCACCGGUGGUCUCCCCGGCUCCCCCCUCACCUGCUAUCGACACGAGUGUGGUGCUCCAGGACGCGCCAGCUUUGGGGAGAUCAGAGUCGGUCACAGCGCCACCGCCGCCCGCAGAGGAAGAGAAGGAGGCUGAGGAUGACAAAGACCAGGCUGCGGCGAGAGAAGGUACGGCAGAUGAGGUCGCAGAGGACAAGGCCGAUGAAGUAGACGCAGAGGACGCGGGUGGAUCUGGCGCAGACGGGGGUGCUGACGCUGACAAGGAUGCGACGCCUCCUCCAUCGCCAGAAAAGAAAGGGAAAAAGGACGAGGCAGCAGCGGACACGAGUGGCAAAGCUGCGGCCGCUUUAGAUAGUGUCGACAUCGAGAAAGUGAAGGAAGAAGACAUGAAUAUCGUGGACGGCGAGAAACUAACGGGAAGUCCAAGGUUGGAGCGCAAAAACAGUUUCUCAGAGGAACCGAAAACGGCCUCCACAGGAACUCAAAUGUCAAUACCGAGUGCGCGACACCGGAAAAAUUUGAUCAUGACGAACAGUCCGAAGCACAGUCCACAGGAUCAAGAGACAGAACAAGAGUACUCGGUUUUUGGCUUGGGCGGGUCAAAUAGCAGUGUAUGUGCUGGAUCCGGCGGGGGAGGUGCUGGAGCGGGGCGAGCAGAGGAACAGAACAGUGGUUCUUGGAAAAAUAGAACCCUCGACAAGCCAGUGCCGUCGUCUUCUUCCAACAGUCAGAAGCUUGACGAUUCUACCAAUAAUAUUCAGUUCUCACAGGGCGAGGGGCUUCAGGCGGAUCCGGGACCGGCACUCUUAUGCUCGGCUCGGGAUCUGGACGAUCUGUUUAUCGUUGAUCCUGUCGACUGGCGUGUGUGCGAGCGCUUUUUCCGCAGUAUUGACGUGACCGACAACACCACAGUGUACACAGAGGCGGUGUCGGUAGAGGAACCGAUCACGGAGCAGAGGGUGGACGAUCUGGUGCGGUUGAAAAAGCUUCGACGACUCGCUGCCGCUCCAGCCGGAAGCAUUAGCGGCUACGACCUUGGAGCAGCCACGUCAUCGGCCGGUGGCCUCGCGCCCGGCGGCGCGAUAAGUCCGAGUUUGCGGCAGUCACAGCGGGAGUUGCGACAACAGUUGGAAGCAGCAUCGCAACAGCCAUUUGCAAGCGGGGUGUCCAACUUUCGAUUUUACAAUGACGACCAAGAGAAUAGUCCGAACACUUCGAUGUUGAAGAAUACGGCUCCGAGUCCCCGCACGCAGCAGCUUUUUUCGGGUGCACGUGACCGUAGGCUCGCAACCUUUCAUUUCGAAGAUCACUUCGCAGACACCUCCCAUGCUUGUGGCGGCACACUUGCGAAGCACCGGGUUCACUGGCGGAGCGCCUGCCAAAUCAUUCUUGCGGAUCAGAACUCGCUGUUUCUCGCAACUUCGUCAAGCGUGGCGUCUUCUGCAGUCCCUCCAAUGAAUAGAAGUAGCGUAGAAGAUGCUUUGCUAGAGCAGCAAAGUAGGCGCGUCGCCAACGAUGGAACUUUGCCAAUUUAUGCGACGUCGCGGCCUGCUGGGAAUAGAGAUCCGCAAUCGUACUGCACCGGACAGCCGAUGCUACCGCUGGAUCAGCAACUUGACUACAACGACAGUGGCGUGACAAGCGCACACAUAGCGGCUCACGCGCUUUCUGGGGCACUCUUGCAGGCGCUGCCUCCGCGACUUUUUUCCGCUCUGCAGCCCUCCGACGUCGAAGAGGGGCUCGGCGACUCGACCUUCGUGCAAGCGUUGCGCGUCUUGUGCGAGAAGUUCCCGGAGCUGGUCAUUCGCGCGUUUGGAGCACAACGGGAGAGUCUGGCAGGCGCCGACGGGCCUUAUGUUUUGAACCUCUUUCAUCCGCACAAGAAUUUUGUCAGAGAAGAGAUCGUGAUCAACGACCGAGUUCCCUGCAUCGACGACUUGCCACUGUUCUCCGCGAACCGCGGAGGAGAGCUCUGGAGUUACCUAUUGGAGAAGGGCGUGGCUAAGCUGCUAGGCGGCUACCACAAUUUAAGCGGCUUGGCGAUUCCAACAUUGUGGAAUAUGCUCGCAGGUUUGGAAAUAGCUGACGCACCGCCAUUUCGUAGCUUGUACACAUGGCGCCCACAGCGAUGUGUGUACGGCGAAUUGCCGGAAACAAACGAGGCAUCUUUGGUCCUCUGGGGCGAGGGCAGCUUUGUGCGAGAUCUAGGGAGCUACAAGUAUACUUACUUCCAGUUUUUGUUUUUGAAAUUUUUCAUGCUGACGCACUACCGAAGUGAACAAGAUUAGCAUUUAUUUUUCAGUCAGCGAGCACCUACGUUUCUCCUUUUCUCCGGUAGGACCUUAUGCGGCAGAAGUCAGGAGUUUUUACUUCGAGCGCUUUAGUACUACUCGCUUGAUUAAGUGCUGGCCAUGAUCUGAAUCCAGCGCAAUACGACAAAGUUCCACAAGAUCCGAAGGACCAAGAUCAUCAAAGUGGCCAGGGUCGCCGGGCGGAAAAGAUAACCCAGCGGCGCCAUUUUCGACGCGUUGGCCUUUUUUGGCGCGGGUGUGGGUGGUGUUCAGGCCUUCAGCGAACUGAGCCGGAGCGCCAGCCAUACGCCUGGCGGGUUCGCCGCUGCGCGGGUGCCUCUGGCCUCUCCUCUCUCUCGUUCGUUGUUUCAAAUCCCUCAGCUCAGCUAAGGACAAAGCGCCACCGGAAAGACCUCAAGGAAAAAAUAGACCUAAACGCGUACGGUUCCAAGAGCAACGACCAACAGGCAAGGGGCCCGCAGCGUUUUCAUAUAGAAGAGACGGCGCGUCCUCAUAGUUGUAGCCAGGUCCAUGCCCUCGCCUCGUCAGUUCUGACCCGUUGAAAGUGCACGGAGGUCGUCGCGCUGUAUUCUCGUGAUAGGCUCCGUAUGAUCUGACGCAUAUCCAUCCAGUAAGUUCUUCGCGAUCCAGAUGAGUAGCACAGCGGUGACCGCAUGAGGCUGAUGACGAUAGCACAGGAGUUCCCAUACCCCAUUUAGGCACGUGGAACCUUUCCCGUCAUGAUAUCCCAAGAAGAAGCUGGGACUUUCUUGCAACCCCAACGAAUAUCCACAGGGAUCAAACCAGCCAGGGACCACCUGCCUGAGGCUGUGAGUUCAAUGGCAUCAAGCAAGAGCUUCGCGGCGUGUUUCUCCGCGAGAAACUGCGCAAGACUUAGCCGUCUGCGCUCUCCCUUGUGGUCCAGCACUGGCUUGACCCCUUGCGCAUAGAUAGAGUAGCAAGUCAGCUAGGGACAGCUUUUCGGAAUGUUCUGCGACGUGAAAGAAAUGCCGAAGAAAGAGAAACUCGGACAGAGUUCCAACUGGGGGGAGUGGCAGCGUGCCGUACGUCAGGAAGCUCGCCGCCUUGGUCUGCGAACGGGUUACGCGGAUGGAGCUGGCGCGCCGGCAGCUCCUCGCGGUAUUCCGAACGGGGUUACCACUCGGGAGGACGCGACCCGUCAAAAGUGGCGCAGCUUGGUUGGCGCGGUAGUGCGUAGCCUGAAAGGGAAAGGCGCCGCGGCGUCUUGCGUGGACAACCAGAACGAUAGUGGUCAGGUGGGUGCGAUCGAUGCGGGUGGGGUUGUUGCGCUCCUGCGUUAUGUAGGGCACCCCGAUCAAAACAACCGCCGCCAGGGACAACGUAGGAAGGCCAAGCCGCUGGCAGGUGGUUUGCGUGCUCAAGUUCCAGAACACGGAUCAGCCUGCAGAUGUCAAGGAAUUCUGCCUCGUCGAAAGUCUGGGACAUCGUGAACCAGUCGCCCACCGUGCACCCGCCAGAGGCAGGAGCGCAAGAAAGUGGCCAGCAGAGUGGUGCACUGCUGCAGAAGUUGCCUGGGCUGUUCUGCAAAAACUUCAGGGCAACGAUCGAACGCAUGCAGGAAGGAGAUGGCUCGACCUUUGGCCAGAUCGGUGGCUGACUCACUUGAGAAGCGUCGCGCGACGUUGAUCGAGGUCGAGGAGGGAGCCUACAAGGCGGAGAGGGAUCCCUUCGGGAAGGUGUUCCCGUUCAGUGUUCUGGAAACCUCGAACGAAUGAGCGCCCUCGUGAAGAAGAGAACGACGGGGGGAAGGCUAACGAAGGCGGAGAGACCUCUCGGCCUAAGAGUGCCCUCAAGCGCUUAAAGGCAACCAUAAAGAAGAAGGUCGCCGCUGAGGUUGACGCCUCCAACUCCAAUGGAAAAGCGGCGGCAUGGUAGUGGUGGCGGAAAGAACGGCAAAGGGGAGCCGCAGAACAAAGGCGGCAAAGGUUCCUGCAGACAAGACAUCCGCCCAGUCUGUUGGAUCUGCAACAAGCCGGGCCACAGCUCCGCGACUUGUUGGAAGGAUCUACAGAACCAGGAAAACUGGAACUAGAACACCGGCGCCCAGUCUUUCUAGUGGUGGAGAGGGUAAACGUGGCAAGGGUAAUGGCAUGGCUCACAUGUCUCAGAUUGCAGAGCUGUUUCAGGUUCUCAAUGUCGGCAGUCAGAGCUGAGACGUGGAACCAGUGGAGACGGGACGCCGGUGCGGCUCGCUGAACUUGGACGAGGAUGGCAUGAGGGUGAAGAUGGGGGGAAUAGAUUGGGCGGGGCAUAGUCUUGCAGCUGGUUCCAUCGCUGUAAGAGACGGAGUGGUUUGCGUUGAUAGUUGUGCGCACAAAUAUCGCGCAAGACAAAGGGGCGACCUCAUUGAUAUGGCUACCAGAGUUGUGCGGAUUACUGGCAGCGCUGGAGGUAGAGACAUUUCAAAGUGAAGAAAGAUCGCCGUAAUGUAUCCCCGUGAUGCGCUCCGUAUGAUCUGGCGCAUAUCCAUCGACCCACUGAGUUCAUUGCGAUCCAAAUGGGUGCCGACAUAGGUGACCGCAUGAAGAGGAGCCGAUGGCGAUAGCAUAAGGGUCGUAUCCAUAUGUAUGAGCGCGCGAAGCUUUCCCCAUCAUGAUAUCCCAAGAAGAAGUUGCGACCUCCUUGGGGCCCCCGUGAAAUAUGAAUAUCCACAGCGAUCCAAACCCGCCAGGGGUCGCGUGUCAGUAUCAGGCUUUGAGUCCAAUUGCGUCAGGCAAGAGCUUCGCUCAACGUUUCUCCACGAGAAGGUUGCCAAGACUUAGCAGUCUGUGCUCUUGUGGUCCAACAUUAAGCCCCCUGUAUACUUCUGAGCUUAGUACUAUGAACUUAGUCGACGCUUCCUCCUUCCAUCUUGUAUUCGGGAUUGUUUCGUCUCAUGUGAAAUUUUUUUGACUAUCUCAGGUUUACAAGCUUAUUUCUCAUUCAGAUUUUUUCCUCACCAAGCAAAAAUCAGAUACUCCGAACCCGCAGCGAAUUGCCUGACUAGCCGCAAUGUGGUGGAUUAUCUUGGCUCAAUUGUGACAGCCGGACAUCUAGUUUGUGCCACAUUUCUCCCUGAGAAUCCGUUCGACGUAGAGUUUGGCACGUACGUUUCCGUUGUAAAAGUGGACGUCGCAACACAGCUUGUUUGGUUUCAUGGCUACGUCCACCCGGACGCGUCUUUUGGGUCAGAUCUUCGGACUAAAGUGGAAGAUACGAAACAACAGCUGAGCGACAAAUUCGAGUUCGAUCGUGCGGAGACCCGGAAAAAGCUUCUUGUGAAGCGGCAAAUGGAACUUGCGCGCGAUAAAUUGAUGAAAUCCAUUGGCAAAGGAAAGAAGUCACCGUCGUCGCGUCGAUCGGCACCAGCGGUGAUGAGCCCACGCCAGCGGAAAGCGUUGCAGGCUCUCAAGGAGGAAGGCGCGGCGAUCGCAGCAGCGGCAAAGAAGAGCGAUGAGGCUGGCAGCAACGCUGGCAGCAGCACGGGGAGUAAAACCAAGCUUGAUGCUGCCGGACCCUUGCGUGCGCCAUCGGACUCAGGCAGCGCAGCAGGGACCGCAACGAAGCUGGAGAGCCGACCGGCGUCGUCUGCAGCCUCUAGUAGUGCUGCGUCGAGCGCGGAGGAAGAUGACGCUGUUUCUUCGCGCUCUUCGGCAUCGUCGUCCUCGGCUGUGCCGUUACCGGAACCGAAGACGGUUGAGCAACUUCUCGCGGAAGAUCCCAAUAUCUCGCGUGCUGCUGAGGAGAUCGCGAAAGCUGCUAGCUGUGCACAGUUGCUCCGGCAGACGGGGAAACAACUACAGUUGGCUGACCGGAAGAAAUUCGCGGUCACGUUCAAGGACUUCGAAAAAUACGUCUAUGAUCUCGUCUACUGCGAGCACCGCGACCUAGUUCACGGACGCACCCCGCCACGUGACUGGCGCGAGCAAGCGGUUUUUAACACUGUGCGCGGUGUUUUCGCUCUUUUCGAGCAACAACAAAGCGCCUUUUCAGAGAGUCAAGGCGGACUUGUGGGUCGUGCUGCUGGAAACAACUCUCUCCGUCGGCGACGGCGCGCAUCUAGCAGUGGAGGUUUCGCAGAUUUCGGCAGUGGCGUCGCGGAGGCGCCAGAGAGUCUCCAAGUACAGUACGGUGCACAAGAGGAGUUCUUGUUUUUGGCCUCGGAAAACACUUGCUAUGAUGUGUUCAAGAGUCUGCUUCGUCCAGAAUUUGAAGAGCGAGGGAUUGACCAAGUGCGGUUCUACGUCCUGGUAAAUCGGUGGAACCCGCGACUUUCAGAGGCGGAUUUAGCAGACUUGUGGGCAUUGUGCGAUGCAGAUGGCGACAAUUUUCUCAACUACAUAGAAUUCUACCGCCUCUUUGAACUCUGCAAGACUUUCUGCCGACGUCCAUCGUGAGUUGAACGAAGUGGAAACCCACAAGUAUAAAGUUAAUAAUAAAUACUUCUAUAUUGAUGAAUGAAGAAAGUCCGUGAUUUAAGACCACGAAAGUAGCACCGUCUGAUGCAAGAAAAAAGUUGUAACGGCAUGAGUAAAUCUACAGAAAGUCAUAAGUCUAGUUUUCGCAGUGAUGUACCGAUUUUCGCAGUGAUUUGUCCUCGUGCACAGGGGAAGCGCAGCUUCUGGUUUCGUAUCUUAGAAAGAGUUGCGUUGGAUAGCGAUGUAGUUAGUAGCGUCAAGAAAAUUGACUACAACAAAGGGUAGGUCUCUUCCACAGUGUAAAGUUAUACAACUACUUAGUCCUUGAUGUCUGUGUAUGCCAUUCCGCUUUCAUCCGGUUUGAUCGUUUGACGAAUUUCCUUGUGAAAGCAAUACGCGAAGGAGUGGCAGCACCAACAGAACUGAACAGUGAGCACAUAUUCUUCCAUUCUUCUUGAAAAAUGAUUUCUUCGUACCCUGUUUCGAUGUGAAUAUCAUACAAGACGAGAUGCUCUAUUUGCGGCUCUCUUUGUCCAUUGGCGCGUCACGAAUUGCAGCUGUGCCCUAUUUCGUCAAUCCGCGUACUGUG